GUCCGUAAAUCAAGUGCACUAUGCAUGGUAUUUCCCGAUCAUAAUAAAAGAAAAAUUCAAAACAAAUGUGGAGAUGCGUGUUGUUACGAAUUACACCGAAGUAGAAUGGAGUAACCUUUCGGCCUGGAGUCUUUCGGAGUCGCCAGCGAAAAAGCUGCUAAUCCCCAUCUGGACGAUCGAUUCCGUAUUUGACGCCAUCAUCGCAGUACUGGCGUUUAUUUUCAACGUAGCCGUAUUGGCGGCCAUUGCAACCCGACGAUCACUGACCAAUGCUCCCUUCUCCGUAUACCAGAUGCAUCUCACAUUGGUCAAUGCCCUUUACGUCGUUAUUCAUGACCCACUGCAUAUUAUCUCUGUGGUCGACGGCGUCUGGUGGAUGGGUGACGCCUUAUGUGACCUUUACCAAUACGCUGUCCACGUCAUCUGUGCGGCCACUACACACACGCACAUGCUCAUCUCAAUCAGCCGAAUCUGGGCCGUUAUGUUCCCGUUUUCGUACCGGCGACGGCAUUCCACUACGCUGGCUCUGGCAUUCUGCACUGGAAUGUGGAUUUAUUUGAACGCGCUAUUGCUGCCACGAAAUGUUUUGGACUGGCUCUAUUACCGGCUUCCUUUACUGGAGUACGGAUGUGUUACGAAUUUUGUGGCGUUCAUGCUCAACGCAACAGUUUUGUCAGUCAUCUUUACCCAGCGUUCGUUACGCAGCAAACCGUUUUCAGUCUAUCAAAUGCAUCUGACACUGGUGAACGUGCUGUGCGUUCUCCUGCACGAUCCACUGCACAUUAUGGCGGUCGUCGACGGUAUCUGGUGGAUGGGCGACAUUUCGUGCAAUAUAUACCAGUACUCCGUCCACAUUAUCUGGCCGGCCACCACCCACACGCACCUUCUUAUUUCUGUCAACCGAAUCUGGGCUAUGUUGUUCCCGUUUUCGUAUCGCAGAGUACAUUCGGCAACAGUGGCGGUGGUGUUAUGUUUAGUAAUGUGGUUAUAUUUGCAUGCGCUGUUGCUUCCAAGAAAUAUUCUAGAUGCCUUGUAUUAUCGGCGUCCGGUAUUAGAAAAUGGCUGCAACAUGAAUGUCGCACCACAGCGCACUCUCAGCAUCGUGUUGCAAUUCAUCUGUUUCGAUAUGCCGGCGAUAAUCAUAAUAGGAUCUUACCCAUAUGUUUUCCUCAAGCACCUCUCACACCGCGCUGGUUCAACGACAAAGGUCAAAAAAACCGAAUCGCGCAACUGUGUCCCAGUCAACACGAAUUUGAUCUCACCCAUGGCAGCUCCCACCAGUAUUACAGGAAGAGAAGAAAAAGACGUGGCGAAGGCGUCCACGAGUCCUAUCAAAACCGGAAGACAGACCCAUGGUUUCCUGGUUUUGAGCUUAUUAACAGUAUCGGUGCUUAUCUGCUGGGCACCGCUCCUUACAUAUUACUCUAUUCUGCAGUUUGUCAGCUUUGACGUGUCACUUCUUUUAAAGAGCGCCAACAUUUUAUACAAUUUGCAGUUGGUAACUGAUCCUGUUAUUUUAGUUUUUGCCCAGUCCUCACUGAGAAAUGCAUGCGGGCAAAAGUUACGCAGGUAUCACCGCUAAGUGGAC